AUGGCAGCCGAGCAUUUAUUACCCGGGCCUCCACCCAGCUUGGCAGACUUUAGACUUGAGGCUGGAGGAACUGAACGCGGUUCUGGGAGCAGCGAACGCACGGGUGGCAGCCGGGGCCUCAGGAUGGCCAAGUUUCUUUCCCAAGACCAAAUUAAUGAGUACAAGGAAUGCUUCUCCCUGUAUGACAAGCAGCAGAGGGGGAAGAUAAAAGCCACAGACCUCAUGGUGGCCAUGAGGUGCCUGGGGGCCAGCCCGACGCCAGGGGAGGUGCAGUGGCACCUGCAGACCCACGGGAUAGAUGGAAAUGGAGAGCUGGAUUUCUCCACUUUUCUGACCAUUAUGCACAUGCAAAUAAAACAAGAAGACCCAAAGAAAGAAAUUCUUCUAGCCAUGUUGAUGGCGGACAAGGAGAAGAAAGGUUACAUCAUGGCGUCCGACCUGCGGUCAAAACUUACGAGCCUCGGGGAGAAGCUCACCCACAAGGAAGUGGAUGAUCUUUUCAGGGAAGCAGGUAUCGAACCCAACGGCAAAGUGAAGUAUGAUGAAUUUAUCCACAAGAUCACCCUUCCUGGACAGGACUAUUGAAGGAGGAGAAUGCGAGAGCCUCCCCUGGGCCUGAAAACUUGGAGCGAUUAAUUUUUAAAAAGAAAAGUGUUAUUUUCACUUGGGGGAGAUGGCAAACACAGUGGCAAGACAACAUUACCCAACUACUGAAGAGAGGCUAACUAGCAACAAUAAUAGAUGAUUUCAGCCAUGCAUGGUAUGAGCAGAUCUUUUUAAUAAAAGAUUUGUAUUGAUUUUAUUAA